AUGGUAAAAAAGCCAGAUGGAACGUGGCGAAUGUGCAUUGAUUUCAAAGAUUUAAAUAAGGCGUGUACCGCAGUAAGCGCUGUGCUCAUGGUUGAACGGGACGGAAGACAAACACCGAUAUGUUACAUCAGCCGAGUAUUAGCGGGACCCGAAACGCGGUAUCCCACAUUGGAAAAGCUGGUCUUGGCACUGGUACACGCCACACGGCGACUGAGAAGAUAUUUCCAGGCACACCGCGUACAGGUCCUAACCAAUUACCCACUGCAACAAGUCCUGCACAAGCCGGAGAUUUCUGGUAGACUGGCCAAGUGGGCAAUUGAACUUGGCGCUUUGGACAUCGAAUAUCAGAAACGAACAGCAGUUAAGGGACAAGUAAUCGCUGACUUUCUAGCCGAAAUACCUGAAGGAGAAGUUAUCGUGGACCCAGUCGUCCAAGACAUCCCGGAAUCCAGCACUGCCCGGCAGACCUGGAAACUAUACACCAAUGGGUCAUCUAGUGGAAAGGGAUCUGGAACCGGUUUAAUGUUGAUAAGCCCAGAUGAGAUCAGGCUGAUGUACGCCUUACGCUUCGAUUUCGAAUGUUCUAACAAUGAAGCGGAAUACGAGGCACUACUAGCAGGCCUGAGAAUGGCGAAAUCUAUGGGAGCGGCAAGGGUAGACACGUAUGUUGAUUCACUGCUGGUCAACAAUCAGGUAAACGAAACAUACGAAGCCAAAGAUGAAUCGAUGGCAAAAUACUUGGCAAAAACAAAGGAACUCAUGGAUUCUUUUGAUAACGUCACGCUCAAUCACGUACAUAGAGGCAAGAACCAGAUAGCAGAUGCUCUCAGCAAACUCGCCACCUCAGGUAUGGAAAAGGAAGUCAAACUCGAAACGUUGCAGACACCCUCAAUCGAACCACGGAAUGUUUCUGCCGUUACAGCGGAAGAUCCUUGCUGGUACACUCCGGUUUUACGUUUCCUUGAAACGAGGGAGCUACCUCCCGCCAAGGGCGAAGCGCAGAAGAUACAAACGAAAGCGCUACAGUAUGAGAUCAAUAAUGGUGUCCUAUACAGAAAGUCUUACCUGGGCCCACUGCUGCGAUAUGUCUCCCCAACAGAGGCAAAGUAUCUCAUCAGCGAAAUCCAUGCAGGUCUAUGCGGCAUACACACUGGACCCCGGGCGGUGGUAGCCAAAAUCCAUAGCGCGGGAUAUUAUUGGCCUGGGAUGCACGAAGACGCUGUAAUAGAACUUCCGAAAUGCCGCAGUUGCCAGAAAUUCGCUCCUCAAACAAUAAGGCCCAAGAACAACCUAGUACCAGUGACAGCAGCAUGGCCUUUCCAGAAAUGGGCCGUUGAUAUCGUAGGACCUUUCCCGCCGGCUCCCGGAAGGUUAAAGUACCUAAUCGUGGCAGUUGAUUACUUCACCAAGUGGGUGGAAGCUAAGCCUUUAGCCAAAAUAACGGCGGAUAAUGCCAAAAAAUUCCUCUGGGAACACAUAGUAUGCCGGUUUGGAUUGCCGCUGUACCUGGUAAGCGACAAUGGAACACAGUUUACAGAUAGAAUUUUCCAAGAAUGGUGCGCUAACCUCCACAUCCAACAAAUCUUCACAUCAGUAGCACACCCCCAAGGAAAUGGCUAA